CUUAUAUAAUCUAGCAAGUCACUUUUGCUAUCAGUUGUAAGAUUGCUGUUGCUCUGUUCUGUUCAUAUUAAGGAAGUUUUAAACUCCAAUAGACCAAAAAUGCCUAUUAGAGCAGUUGCAGUACUUAUUGGCGAAGUAGUCAGCGGUACUGUUUAUUUUGAACAGGACAAUGCAUCUUCAGAAGUUAAGGUGACUGGCGAAGUUAAAGGCUUGAGCCAAGGCAACCAUGGAUUUCAUAUACAUGAGUUUGGUGAUAAUACAAAUGGUUGUACAAGUGCUGGCCCUCACUUCAAUCCAGAAAAUAAAGAUCAUGGAGCUCCCACUGAUUCAGUGCGACAUGUUGGUGACCUAGGGAAUAUAAUUGCUGAAAAUGAUGGUAAUGCAAAAAUCAAUAUUUGCGACAAGAUGAUUUCGCUUUGUGGACCACUUAGCAUUAUCGGGAGAACUAUUGUUGUACAUGCUGAUCCUGAUGAUAUGGGAAAAGGUGGCCAUGAAUUGAGUAAAACUACUGGUAACGCUGGAGCUAGGGUUGCCUGCGGUGUUAUCGGCAUUACGAAGAGUUGUUAAAAUUGUUUUAAUUUAGUUAUCUGCCUUGUAAGGCAAAGGUUACAGAUUAUACUUCCAUUUUUCUUAUUUUGACAUCAAAAUGUUUUCAAUGGAAUAAAAUAUUUUCAUUAAUUUUUUUUCUGCUUUAUUUUCAGUUUAGUUUUUUCAAAAAAAGUAAUCAUUAAUUAUGAGAUGUGCAUAAUCAUUCCUGUCUUGUUAUCCUUGUUGUUGUUACAUGUUAAGUUUUAGUCUAGUGGUUUAUAGUAUAACUCUAGUUAUUUUUUUAGAGAAAAUUUGCAGUUGGUAAUACAUUUUUACGUUAUGUAUUGUGUAGAAGAUAAUAUUACCAACUUUUCUAGGAUUUAAAUUUGAAUCAGCAUUAACAUUAAUAGAAACUAUAUUGUUAUAAAUGAGAAAUAUACAUAUUUAAUUACUUAAUCCAUGUACUGUAGAUAAUAAACUGGAUAUAAUAUGAAUAUAUUUACAUUUUCUUUACCUCUUUAAAGCUGAAAGUUAAAUAUCAUAUUUGAAUUUUUAAAAGAAUGGUUUUUGUAUUUACAUCAUAGGAGUGACGUACAGUUUAAUAAAUUAUUUUAAUAUUAUCUCGGCACUACAAAUUUUUGGUAGAAGCAGCACAAUAGUUCUACCACAAAUAUAGUUUAAUUCAAUUUGUAUCCAGUAAUUUCAUAUAGAACACUAAAUCUUUUAGUGUCCUCACUCGCCAUUAUUUUUAUAUUUUUAAAAUAAUUUAAUUUAAUUUGCUAAAUUAAGUACAACAUUAAAGAAAAAGAAUGAUUGCUGAAGAUAG